AUGGCAGACCACAGACCAAUAUCCACCGGCCGCGGCGGCGCAGCGCUACUCUUCUACUCUGCCUGUGAAACUUGGUCUCCGUCUCCACGCCGGGAGCAGAGACAGGAACAGCCAGAGCAGGAGCAGAAAAAAACAGUCGCAUCCCGAACCCCCGCAGACCUCGUCACUCCAACUAUCAAUUCGGAUGUAUAUACAACUGGCCGUGGCGGGUCGGGGAAUAUGGUUGCCAACGACGAUCCAGCCAUCGCGCGUAAGGCGCAGGAUGUAGAGGUGGAUGUGGAGGGGUUAGAGGAGUGGAUGGGGAUGGGGACGGGGACGGGGAUGGUGAUGGGGAUAGGGAUGAAAGGUGGGGAGAAGGUUCUUUUUGGGAGGGGUGGUGCGGCGAAUAUAUAUGACGCCUCCACGAGGCCCGAUGGCAAUAAGAAUACCCAAUGA